GACGCGUUGCCGUAGUCCGGACGAAAGUAUCAUAGACAAAUUCAUUGAUAAUUAACUAAUUUAAAGUGAUAUAAAAAUAAUGGAAAGCGAAAUAAAAUCUGGUGAACUUCCUCUUUCAACAGCCAAAGAUGCUGUUUUUAUUAAAAGUGUAGAUUAUUCUGAUGGUCUUUCUGUUGAAGGUUUUGAUUUUAAUGAGGGUAUUUGUUAUGAAAAAAUACUUUUAAGCUACAAAAGAACUGGUUUUCAAGCAUUAAACUUUGGAAGAGCAGUAGAAGAAAUCUUAAAAAUGCUACAUGUUCGCGAUGAGUUACCAGUUAGUGUUAGUGAAUUUAUAGAUGAAAUGUACAGGCCAAAAACAAAUUGCACAAUUUUUUUAGGGUACACUUCAAACAUGGCCUCCUCAGGCAUCAGAGAUAUCAUCCGUUAUCUUGUAGAACAUAAAUUAGUUGAUGUUCUUGUAACAACAGCUGGAGGUAUAGAAGAAGAUUUUAUUAAAUGUAUGGCACCUACAUAUUUAGGAGAUUUUAACCUUAAGGGAGAGUCAUUAAGAAGACAGGGACUUAAUCGAACUGGAAACCUGAUUGUGCCAAAUACAAAUUAUUGUCUCUUUGAAGAAUGGUUUCAGCCGAUAUUAGAUGAAAUGUUAGAAGAGCAAAAUAAAAAUAACUUUAACUGGACUCCCUCAAAAAUGAUUGCUAAAAUGGGAAAAAUAAUUAAUAACCCAAAAUCAAUAUAUUAUUGGGCAUAUAAAAACGAUAUACCUGUUUUUAGCCCAGCCAUUACUGAUGGAUCUAUUGGCGAUAAUAUUUACUUCCAUAGUUAUCGCCAUCCUGGACUUCGAAUUGAUAUUGCUGAAGAUAUAAGAAAAAUUAACAAUUUAGCUGUUUAUGCUAAAAACACUGGUCAAAUCAUUAUUGGAGGUGGUCUAAUAAAACACCAUAUAUGUAAUGCAAACUUAAUGAGAAAUGGUGCAGAUUUUAGUUUAUAUAUUAAUACUUCUUGUGAAUAUGAUGGUUCAGACUCAGGAGCUGGUCCUGAUGAAGCUGUUUCAUGGGGUAAAAUUAAAGUUAAUGCAACACCUGUGAAGAUUUUUGGUGAUGCAACGUUGAUCUUUCCUAUUUUGGUUGCAGAAACCUUUGCAAAGUAUGUAGAAAAAAAGAAAAAUAACAAGUUGUAGUGAAUAUAUCAACAUAUUUUAAUUAAAAUAUUUAGAAUACCUUUAAAGAAAUAGUAGUGGUUCUAAGUAAAA